AAAUAGUUUAAAACGUGUAAACUGAGACAGAAUGUUCAUUGGGACUUCCGCUGGGGCCCACGGGUCUUAAACAGGCGGUCUGCGCCUUUUAGUGACGGGGGACUGUGUAACAUGAGUCGGGAUGAAAACUAUGCUCCGGAUCCGGCAGCCAGUGCAGAUGCUGUUCGCCAAAGACAGAGAGGAGGUGCAUGAUGGAACCCGUCCCGCUGCUGCUCGUCCUACUCUCAUGUUUGCCGUGCGCCUCGGCAGUAUACACCGGGCCCCUCCAACCGGAGAUCUCCAAUGGCACCUUCCACCACUUCUUUGUCCCGGACGGAGAUUACGAGGAGACGGUAGACCCGGAGGAGUGCCAGAUGCUGUUUAAAUUCUCGGACGUUUAUCCCUGUGGGGCCUCUGAAGAGAGGGACUCCGUAGUGAGGGACGACUUCAUCAUCUCCAAGCUGCAGGCGGAGGACACGGCGCGCCUGCUGGAGAGCAUCGGCCGCACCGUGACGCAAGACCUGGACGGAGAGGACAGCUACGGCAAGUUCCUCCAGAGGGAGAUCUCUCAGAUCGGCGAGGCUUUUUCAGACGUGGACAAGUCUCUGCUGGAGCUGGAGGUAAAGUUUAAAGAAAGUCAGGAAACAGAGUUGAGAGAGGAGCAGCAGCUGAACGGAUAUGUGAUGAAGCAAGUGAGUGACAUCCGGGGAGCUCUGAGGGAGACUACUGACAUCUCCGUGGGGCUGAAAGAUAAACACGAGCUGCUGUCUCUCAUCAUCCGCAGCCAUGGCACCAGACUGAGCCGCCUGAAGACAGAAUUUCUCAAUGUUGGCUCAUAGUGUGCUUAUUGAAAGCUUAGUGUGUGUGUUUGUGAGGGAAUGUGUGUGAGUGUUUGAGAAACAGACCCUCCAGUUCAACAAACAACUGGAAAGUUAUGUGUGGCUUAUGAAUAAUAUCUUGAAUAUCUCUGACCUUUGGUUACCCACCCCUUGAACAUGUGACAUUGAAGGAAGCUAUAACACAAACAUGAAGGCAUUCCUCUGAGUCAUGAGGGAAAUGUGAACAUAAAUUAUAUCUGCAUGGAGCCAAGACUUUCAAGUGGAGUUAUCAGCAUCUAAAUCUAUAUUAUAGCAAUUGUUUUGUCUGAAUGGUUUAAAUUAUGUUGUGUAUAUACAACUUAACUGAUACAAUGUUUAUUAUUCAUACAAUAUCUUAAUUUCCCCUUUUACUUUAACAAAUGUUACUCAUACUUUACUUAUUUGUCCUGAGACACAAACUAUACUUUAUUUUUUAAAACAAUCUCCACCUUUUGAAGUUUGAGGUUUACAUAAACAGUAACAAUAAAAAUGUUAAAAAUCGGAACUUUUGAUUUGUCCGUCACAUCAAAUCAAAUCAAAUCAAAUCAAGUGCUAUAUAUAUAGCACAUGUCACAAGUGUAGUUGGCACUUAAAGUGGCAGACCUGACUGUCCCAUCGAGUGGACUUGGUUAAUUGACGUCUAAAGUCUGUCAUUGCCUCCCAUUUCCAUCUGGAAGUCAUCUACUGGAAUAUAAAGUAUGUUUGUCCAAGGCGACCACUGUCGUCAUUAUCUAUUCCUUUCUCUUUCAUGAUCUAUAAAGUGUGUGGUUUAUAUGAAAUGUCUUUGUGUUGAAAUUCUGAGUGGUUUUGGAUUAUGUCACUGUACUAAAAAAUAUACUUAUAAAUGACGUGCAGCUUGUUUAAAUCUCUUAAAAAUUCAACUCUCUUGCUCUUCUGCUGUCGACAUACAAAUUAUGUUUAGAGACAUUGUUUAUAGGAGGAAAGUUGUUUUAAAAUCGUAUAAAGGCAUUAACUCUACCCUGCAGGGCCACACAGACACAUAAACCUACUCUCAGGAUGUU